GCGUGCCUGCCAUCAUUUUACAGAAAAAAGGAGUCAGCUUUCCCACACAACUAAAAUUUAAAAGGCGAAUAGAAAAUCGCCGGUGAAAACAAGGAGAGAAUAUCGCCGGAGAAAACGCUCUCAUCGGUGAUCUCGUCAUGAGUCUAUAUAAACCCUUACGCCACGUUGUACUUCAUUUGAUGCUUGUGCUUUUUGACUGAUCUUUAGGGUUUAUCAAAAGAAUCUUUUUCUCUAUUUGAAUUGGUCAUAGAUAUAGAUAAAUACUGCACUCAAAGAGCGGCGGUGGUGGAGGUUUUUGUAAAUCGACGGUAGUAUGACUGACCCACCGUCGGUGGAUGCGAAGGAGAACAAGUUCUUAAAGGGUACCUUCGCCGUUGUCGGAAUUAUGUCUACUCUCGUUAUUUAUGGCGUCUUACAGGAGAAGAUUAUGAGAGUUCCUUAUGGCCCAAACCACGAAUUCUUCAAACAUUCGUUAUUUCUUGUUUUCUGUAACCGUAUUACCACCUCUGCAGUAUCUGCUGUUUUUUUACUGACGAGUAAAAAAGCCUUGGAUCCUGUUGCUCCCAUUUACAAGUACGGUGUUGUAUCAAUAUCUAACAUACUAACUACAACAUGUCAAUAUGAGGCUCUUAAAUAUGUUAGCUUUCCUGUUCAGACCCUGGCUAAGUGUGCCAAAAUGAUACCAGUAAUGAUUUGGGGCACCCUAAUUAUGCAAAAGAAGUACAAGGGGCCAGACUAUUUGCUGGCUUUACUAGUUACCCUUGGGUGUUCAUUAUUUAUUCUAUUUCCGGGGGCAACGGAGUUAACUCCUUAUCGCAAUGGAAGGGAGAGUACGGUGUGGGGUGUCUCCUUGAUGAUUGGUUAUCUAGGAUUUGAUGGUUUCACUAGCACAUUUCAGGAUAAAUUAUUUAAAGGAUAUGAUAUGGGAAUUUACAAUCAGAUUUUCUACACUACUCUCUGUUCUUGCAUACUCAGCUUGACUGGUCUAAUCUUGCAGGGCAAUCUUCUCAUGGCGAUAGAUUUUGUUUCUCGUCACAAAGAUUGUUUCUUUGACAUUGCAUUGCUUUCAACUGUUGCAACAGCCAGUCAAUUCUUCAUAUCGUACACAAUUCGCACAUUCGGAGCUCUUACAUUUGCCACGAUAAUGACCACUAGACAAUUAGUGAGCAUCCUGCUAUCGUGCGUUUGGUUUGGUCAUCCCCUUAGCGUGGAACAAUUCAUUGGAGCUGUCAUUGUCUUCGGAUCUCUUUAUGCGAGGGGUUUCUUGAAAAGCAAACCCGAGAAACCGUUACCUUCAAUACACAAGUCAGAUGAAGAAGUCAUUGUUCCAUUGAAGGUGACCGCGUAACACAGUGUUUUUUCCGUUAGGGUGUUGGUAAAAGAUUAUAGACACUCGUAUCGUUGACGAUUGACAGAAUCCGCGGCUUGGAUCUUUUGCAAAUAUUACAAAUGGAAGACUGUUUUUUUCUUAAUUGGAGCAUAUAGAUUUUAAGUUCAGCCUCUGGUUAUUAUCUGUUCAAGUAGUAGAUAUGGAAUUUGAGGCUUGAAAAGGUGUUUAUUAUUUUUAACUCUUUCACCUUGUCAUUUUUAAGUAGGUGAUCAAAUAUAGUUCCUUUAAUUGCC